GCCUCACUCAGCGAGUGCACCUUCCAACGGCCGCAAACAAAAAAAGUAAACAACCCGUGUAGCCCAGCCCAAUCCAUCCCAUCCAGACAUAACUUAUCCAAUACCAACUCAACGUAAGACAAGGCGUCAAACCGCGUUUCCUUCCGUUUGUUGCUCCCUUUUUUUUGCUCGAAUAACCAUUUCAGCUUCAAUUUUUUUGUGUCUCCUGUAUCUUCCCGUGUUUCCGUCACCAUGAACGCGAUUUUCAACUUCCUGUCAUCACCGCUCAAGCAGCCCGCAGAGAGACCUCCACCCUCCAGCAUGCCACUUACCGCCUCGCGACCGAGUUUGUCGCCAAGAGAGCAACGCCUUGCCAAACGCGCUGCGGAUAGGUUUUCGGAGCCGGCAGGUCGCAGUCCCCGCUCGCGUCUGAGUAACGUUUCUCUUGCAUCGACGGACCACGAUAACACCGCCGAGAUUUCUGUCGUUAGUCGACGACGAGAAACCAUCGCCAUGGCCCCACCGCCGAGCGUUAAGAAGCGCAUCAGCACGUCUGCGCGCUCGUCGCCGAUACAUAGACGAAAGUCUAACGGAUCUGUUUCUCGCGUCGCGUCAUCGCCCGCCGUCCGAUCUUCCCCUAGAAGGCGAGAAUCGGCUGAGCUUGGAGGAUUUUCGCCGGCCUUCGCCACGUCACCAGCCUCAACCCCCAAGAGGGGCAUUAAUGGAGUUUCUCGAACCAGCGAGGAGGCUAAGAGUCCUAGAAGGUCCUCGAGGGCCUCGCGCGUGACGGAACCGCAAUCAAAUAGCAAAGCACAGAGAGAGAAGACGCCCGAGGAACAGCCCGAAGAGGCGCAUUCUAAAGAAGAAGAGGCGCAAGUUGACGAAGAGAGACACGAAUUCGAUAGUAUCACGGAUCAUCGCUGGGCCGAGAACGAAAUUGAGCUUCGUAUGCAAUGGAAAGAUGGCGAGAGCUCCUGGAUCUCAGAGGAGCUUCUUCAUACCGACAACCCGCAGGCGCUUUUUGCGUAUUGGCGCUCGCAGCCUGACGGGCGACCUAAGAACCCCGAAGAUGACGAGGUCUACCAGGUUUUCGCGAUUCGAAAGCACCGCGUACGUAAGGGUGUACCGCAGGUCCAGGUCGAAUGGGUAGGCUACGGCGCAUCCGAAAACACUUGGGAGGACCAGGACUACAUCGAAACGGUCGCGCCCAAGCUCGUCGACGCUUAUUUUGACCAAGUUAAGGGCAAGGGCAAGGGCAAGAGUCAGACGAAGAGCAAGCCGAAGAGCACAGCGAAGCCCAAGGCUCCCGCGAAAACCAAAGCCCAGGCAAAGACUUCGGCUCGCGGCGUGACUAGAAGCAGCGCAAGGGUCUCGAAGCGAUAAAGAAUUACACUGGAAUACGAUUGGAACUGGUUGGUUGUAUUAUUUGACUUAAAACGGUUGUGGAAGUUCGUUUGAAGGAGCUACUGGAUGCAGGAUGCUGGCGGUCCAGAUGAAAAUGGGUACCUUGCCUGAGAUGAUGGAAAUGAACAUUGUUUGGACUGUAAUUAAUUAUCAUCGGAGUGGGAACAAUAAGCAAACUGCAUUUCUUGUCA